ACUCAAGAAACAAAUCAAACUCAUUGACGAGUAGAAACACACACAAAACUAGCUAACUAGCUAAGCUUACUAACAAGAUCAUGGCAAUGAGUAAGGUAGUAAUGUUCCUAGUGAUGAUCAUAUCAGUUUGGGUAGCUUGUCAUGGAGAUUGCAGCCUAGACAAGAGCAUGAUGAGCAACCUGAACAAGUGCAAAGCCGCAGUAACACUAAGCAACCCGACAAACCCGACAGCAGAGUGUUGCACAAUGUUGCAGAAUCUGAAACCAAGUGAUAUUGCUUGUCUUUGUGAAUACAAAGUUAAAGAUGCAGCUUUGCUGUACUUUGCUGGUGUUGAUCCUGAUCGUUGUAUUCAACUUCCUAAGUUGUGCAACCUAAACAUUCCUGUCAACUGCUGAGAUGUUUCGGUCCACCGAGUUUUGUUUAUUUGAUGAUUUUAAGAUUGUGUUUAUGAUUUAAUUCUGAGUUUGUUUGUUUCUUUGAUUUUUCUGCAUUAUUAUGGUUGAUGUUUGUGCUCGUGUUUGUUAACUGGUGUAUGUGUUGUAGUUUUGUACUAUUGAUGGAAAUUGAAAAUGUAACUCUUUCCUUGUAUUCGGUCGCUUGAAAAAUAAUGACAUUUGAAUUGUUUGCCUUA